AUGGCGUAGAGUGACUCAUAGUAUUAAAUGUAGUCGUACAUUAGAUCAACGUAGUGUUUAAUUUUAUUUAUAUAUACGCUUUUGUUCACAGACACACAUUUUUUGUUUGUACUAAGUGUUUAUCGAUUUACAUUGUAUCGUAGGAGCUGUGAAAAAGCAAAACAUUACCAUCCAGCAAUAUAUCAAACAUAGUGCUUAUUAUUAGUUUUAUUCGAAAAUAUUUCACUUGAAAUUGAUUUUAGCAUAUAAAAGAAAAAAGAUAUUUAAAAAACGUUAAAUUAGUUGUAUUUCUACACUUCCAUAAUUAAUAAUCGAAAUAAAGAAAAAAAAACACGAAAAGAUGGCAUUUGGUGCAAUGGCAAUACGAAAUAAAGCCCCGCGUCGGGUAAAACAACCUCCAAAAUUACCGCAUUCAAUGCAAUACAUAACCGAUGAAAUGCUCAUGCCGUUUGUUCCAAGCUUUAUGCCAACUUCACAAGUUGAAUUGACGAUUAGCGCAAAGGGCCUCUUGAGCACACAUUUGUUUCGGAGUAAAUCAGAUCCAGUGUGUAUCGUCUAUGUGAAAAGACCGUGGCAAAAUAAGUAUAAGGAAGUUGGGCGCACUGAGACGAUCGAAAAUACCCACAACCCGCAGUGGUUGAAGAAAAUCAUUUUGGAUUACAACUUCGAGACCAUCCAAAUGAUAAAAUUUGAAAUUCGAGACAAAGAUUUGAUAGCAAAAGAAUAUCUCGGCCAAUAUGAGACGAAGUUGAGCGAUUUGGUUGCUAGCUACGGUUGUCAAUCGGUUGGGAAACUUAAUGGCAAAGUUGAAGGCGUUAUUCACCGAGAGUACGGCGACAUUAUCAUUGUGACAGAGGAAGUGAUAAGCUGCAAACAAAUUGCCGAAAUUAAAUUUUGUGGUGAAAAAUUACCAAAGCCUUCGUGGCUCCGUAGAAAUCAUCCGUUUUUGAUGAUAUCACGCUCGAACGAAGAUUCCACAUAUUCCUUGGUAGGACGAACCGAGCCAUGUCGAGCGACACAAAAUCCAUGUUGGAAUCCAUUUACAAUACGUGCAACGACACUUUGUAACGGAGAUUUUGAUCGAUCUAUUCGAAUGGAUUGCUACAAUUUUCGAGACAAUGGAAAACACAAGCUCAUCGGAACCUGCUAUGCAUCAGUGCAUAACCUAAAAACGAUAUGCGAAAGGGGAGAGUCAAGAGCGUUGGUGAAUGAAGAGAAGCAAAAGGCUAAGCCAAAGUACGUUCCGUCUGGCGUAUUGAAAGUGGCAAAAGUUGAAAUUACCGAAGAUAUAACAUUUUUAGACUUUAUUCGCAACGGUACAGAAAUGCAUUUUGCCGUAGCCAUUGAUUUUACCGCGUCGAAUGGAGUUCAUACCGAUCCAAAAUCGUUGCAUUACUUGAGUGGUGAUCGAAUGAACAGCUAUGAAAUCGCAUUGCGAGGCAUUGGACAAAUUAUAGAGCAAUACAGUAAUACUCCAAUGUUUCCCGCCUUUGGAUUUGGCGCUAAAAUUCCACCCGAUAAUCGUGUUUCGUUUCAAUUUCCAUUGAAUAAUAAUACCACACAUCCCUAUUGCGAUGGUAUCGAUGAAAUUGUCAAGCAUUAUCGCGAACAAUUAAAUAUGGUCCAGCUUUAUGGACCCACCAACUUUUCGCCAGUGAUAAAUGACACCAUUUCUAUAGCACAAAAGUUUCAAGAUGGAAAACACUAUUUUGUGCUGCUGAUUGUAACUGAUGGUGUCAUUUCGGAUAUGCUUUUGACCAAACGAGCUAUAAUUGAAGCAUCCAAGCUACCUAUUUCGAUAAUAAUCGUUGGUGUUGGUGACGAUAAUUUUGAGGCAAUGGAAGAAUUGGACUCGGACGAUGUAAGACUGUCUGUUGAUGGCCAUUUUGCCGAGCGUGACAUUGUGCAAUUUGUACCAUUGAACAGUUUCUUAUCGAAGGACGGCGAACACAUCGUGUCACAAUUCAAAUUGGCCGAAGAGGUACUUGCUGAAAUACCUGAACAACUGACAAGUUAUAUGAAGUCUCGUGGAUUCAAGCCCCAGAUUAUUCCAACUAAUAUGCCAUCAGACCCAUCUGUCAUUGUACCAACGGCACCAAUCGUUCCAAAUUCAAACGUUUAAAUGAAUGAAAGAAAAAAAUUCUAAAUUGUUCUUAUACAUAUUUUUAUUCGAGUGAAAAAAAUAAUAACGUGUGUGGCUUCAUGAGUGUGGAUACCUGUGUGGUGCACUCAUUUUUACCUUUUAGACCAAAUGUUAACACCAAUAAUUUUGAAUAUACAACGAAAAUGAACUUUUAAAAAUAGAUGUGAACUAUUAAGAAUAACAGGUGUCGAUGUCGAUAUAAUGUACAAAUUAUGAUAAUGUUCAAAAUUGCUUUAUAGGUACAUGACAUAGUAUUCGAAAAAGUUUUUACUAUAUUUGGCUAUGAACGAUUUACCUCAUAAGUGUUGAAUCAAGUAAAGUUUUGCAAAUAACGAAUCUGUGAAUCAUUCGUCUUUUUAAAGCACAACAAUGCUUACUAUGUUUUGCUUAUAAGUGUUUAAGUUUGAUUUGCU